UCAAAAGAACGAUUCGUCCAGUAAUCGGACAUCGCUUGAUCGGAUAAGGAUGUCCAGCAGCUAUAGCUGUCAACGUCCGUUUCUCUUCAGUAUUCACUUUCAAUCGGCCCUCAUGUGGAUGUGAACACAAAAAGUGACUGGCAGCAAAUGUGAUUUGGAUAGACGUGCAAUGAAAACCAGUCCUAAAGCAGGGCAAGGUCAAUCAGCUAAUAUGAGCAGUGAGCUCAACGUGCCAAUGGGCUCCCCCGCUCCCGGGGGCUCCGACCGGCUGCAGGAUGGUGGUGGCAUGGACUACAGGGACUGGGUUCGCCGCAGUUAUCUGGAGCUGGUCACCUCUAAUCAUCACUCGGUCCAGGCUCUCUCGUGGAGAAAACUCUACCUCAGCAGGGCGAAGCUCAAGGCCUCCAGCCGAACCUCAGCCCUGCUGUCUGGCUUUGCCAUGGUGGCCAUGGUGGAGGUUCAGCUGGAGAUGCAGUACAACUACCCACGUUUCCUGCUCAUUGCCUUCAGCGUUUGUACCACAGUGCUGGUGGCCGUCCACCUGUUCGCCCUCCUCAUCAGCACCUGUAUCCUACCCAACGUGGAAGCCGUCAGCAACAUCCACAAUCUCAACUCCGUCUCCGAGUCUCCCCACGAGAGGAUGCACCACUACAUUGAGCUGGCCUGGGGCUUUUCCACCGCUCUAGGGAUCAUUCUGUUCCUGGCAGAGGUGGUGCUCCUCUGCUGGAUUAAGUUCUUGCCGGUAGACUCUGGUGCGCAAUCCGCGUCAAUCCAGGCAGUCCUUAAGCAGCAGAACUGUAGCUCUCCUGCGGGUCAGCCCGGCCACAGUGGCUGGCAGGCGGCCUUGGCCUCCACCAUCAUCAUGGUGCCGGUUGGAUUGAUCUUUGUGGUGUUCACCAUUCACUUCUACCGUUCGCUAGUGCGACACAAAACUGAGCGGCACCAUCAGGAGAUCGAGGAGCUGCACAAAAUCAAGGUGCAGCUGGACGGCCAUGAGCGAGGCUUGCAAUCGGUGUGAGAUCUAGGGAUGCUUUUCGCUCCAUUGCUAGACUCUUUAAGCUUUCAAGCACAUCAAAACUCCUUGAGUCUUUCGGGCUUAUCUUAUUCUUAGAGGAAAUGCCUUUUUGCCUGGUGAAAGGAUUACUCGUGUAGGAACUGGGGAAGAUUUUCAGAAACAAAGGCGCACGUUUACAAGAUUUCAAACAGAAGGGCUAUUUAUUUAUAUUUCUUUAGGCUUAAGGUCACUUUAAGUGCCAUUUUCUGUUUCUAUGCCUCUAAAUACACUAAGUGAAUAUCGCAGAGUGGCUUUCUUUAAUAUCAUUUGCCUACUUCUCUUCCUUUUGCCAUGCCAUCCUGGAUCGAUAGU